AGGCCCAAAUCAGAACAAAAAUAAAGAAAAAGUGACAAGUGCAGAACAGAAAUAAAAGAAGAAAAGAAGGAAGGACACGCGUAAAGAACAGAGAUAAAAAAAUGGUGAUAAAAUAAAGAAAAAUCAAGUAUAAAGCGCAAAAUUAAUUUUCCCAUAAGACCAAAAAGAACUUAUUUAAUCUUUUUAUAAGACUAUUGUUUAAAGUGUUUUAAGAGUAUCCUAGAAAAACUCUUGAAAACUGAAAAAAUGUCUUCAGUUAUGUGCCGAGAUAAAGUGUGAUCAAGUUUUCUGUUUCCCGAGUCACAAAAACAAUAUAUUGUUUUUGUAAAGAAAACUCUUGUUUUCCAAUAAAUUGUAACAUGUCCGAAAAAAAUGUACACCAACUGCAGUGGAAACAAAAGAAUACCCAGGACCAAUCUAUCAAUUACGCUCCUCGAAAUGUCGACAAUCAUCAACAAGGAACAACGAUCGGAAUCAAUCAUCAGUCAUCAGCUGCAGAUGCUGCUGCUUCAUCAGCUCCAACAAAUCAUUCACAUUCAUUAUCAUUAUCAUCACAUUCAACCAUUGCAGUGCUCGGAUCUGGUUCGUCUUCGAAUGGACGUUUCCCGAUAAUUGUGUCGGGUGGACACCAGCAUCAGGUCGUUAACUCGCCACCAGUGGUGGCAGCAACACCAAUAACACCGACAACUCCAAUUGGGCUUCAACAGCAUUUUCAACAGAUGCAACAUCUUCAACAACAACACCAGCAACAACAACAACAACAGCAGCAACAAAACCUUCACCAGCAGCAGCAGCAACAGCACCACCUCCAACAACAACAACAGGAACAACAUCAUUUUCAUCACCAACCACAGAAUCCCCAUUUUGAGAUAUCCAAAAUUAUGUCUAUCAAUUCGGGAGCACUUUCGAGACUGGAUCUUGCUCCAGCAUUAAGCAAUCAUGCCGUACCUAGUGCCAUUACAGAAAAUGUCUUAAGUCUUAUAGGAAUGGCAAGUGGAAGCGGGGGAAAUAAUGCCAAUAAGAACAGUAAUUGCAUCAAGAUUCCAGAUGAGGAAAAAUUGCGAAAAGUCCAAGCUGUUGUAGAAUCCGGUAUUGGGGACCACGCCAAGCAACAAAUUCUACAAAUUCUCGACAGAAUUUCCACACUAAAACCGGUUGAGCGUUUACUUUUGUACCUUCGAAUGCCUGGAGAAUCAGCGGACUCAGAUCCCCUUCGGCAACCACAAAAUCCAUUGGGAACAAGAUCUGAAAUAAAUCACACAAUCAAUUGGGUUCGCUCGCAUUUGGAACAUGAUCCAAAGGUUUCCAUUCCAAAACAAGAUGUUUAUAAUGAUUAUCUAGCAUACUGCGAACGAUUGGAUAUAAAGCCCCUAUCAACGGCUGAUUUUGGCAAAGUAAUGAAGCAAGUGUUUCCCGAGAUUCGUCCUAGACGUUUAGGAACACGUGGACAUUCCCGAUAUUGUUAUGCUGCAAUGCGAAAAACAACAAAACUUAUUCCACCGCAACUACCUAUACUUGGUGGCGUUGGUGGUAGUGGACAGUCUAUAGAACCCGGAAACAGUGAAAUCGAAUGCGACACAAGUACAGACACAUGGAAUACUAUUCGCAAUUGGGCGGAAAGCUUAUUUAGUGUAAAAUUCGAAAACAUGAAAGACUUAGCAGAACACAUUCGAAAUAACGAUUAUGCAGCAUGUGGUGGAGCUGGUAGCUCAAGAGUUUUACUCCAAAAGAAAUUACAGCAAAGGGAUGUUAAAGAGAAAAGAGUUUACGCUGAUUCAGGUCCACUUAAAAAACGACGUAAGAAAAAACGUAAAGGUUCAACAUCAUCAGAAUCAAGCACCACACAAAAUCCUUCUUCGGUGGGAUCGGCUAAUGAACCAUUGAAAGCAAGUGAUGAAGUUGUACUAACAGCACUAACAAUCAAACAAGAAAUUCCCGAUUCACCGAUUUCUUUGCAAUCGAGGCGCCAACAAUUGCAUUUCCAGAAUGCUUCCGCCGCAUUCGACAGUCAGAUGCAUGGGCAACAAUUGCAACCCAUGAAUUUAGUGACUGAAAGUGAGCGAAGCAAGACUGGACCACUUCCAACAAGCAGCUUAGUGGUAAAGAAUCUUACUAAAACAAUUGCAGAUCUAUCGCCUUCUGUAAGCUUGUUGCCAAUCGAUCCCCAACUUUCAUCUGUCAAAGAAGAAAUAAUAAACGAUGAAUAUAAUCCACAAAACGUGAUAUGCAAAAAAGUAAGAAGGGCACAUCAGACAAAGGGUAUCUUAGCUACAAGUAGUACCCAAUCGUCAUCGAUAUCUGGAACAACCAAUGAAGUUCAGGCAGCGGCACAAGCGAUUGAACUACCUCCCGUAUCGGGUAGUAAUUAUUCUAUGGGGCCACCGGCACAAAUCACAACAACUGCAAUGGAAUCGGCAAAGCUAGCCACCCAAUUACGUGCAAGAAAGCAACGGCUUUUACAAGCUCACUCUGAUAUGUACCAAUCAUACGAUACACAACAUCAGAACAUAUUAGGACAGCAACAACAACAACCACCAACACUUGUUGAUAAUGUCGAAAUAACAGAAGACAAAGAUGUUGUUCUGCCGGAAAACCUUGGACUACCAAGGGAACGUGUGAUUAGUAUUUGCAAUAUGGACAAACACGAAUUAGAUGAUUAUUUGAAUACAAAUGACGAAGACAACUCCCAAGAUCAAGAAGCGGAAUUGCUUCAAUAUUUUCAGACGGGAGACGCUGAGAACAAUAAUAACAUUAACAAACAACUACCACAGCAGCAGCAACAACACCAGCAGUUGCAAUUACAAGAACAACCAGGAAUAGAUGCAAAGAACCCUACGUUGGCAGUUAUAAGCAAUAUUAAUUCAGCAUUUGAAGCACCGAGUAAAAAGAAAUCGAAUAAUACAAUGACAAAUAGUAGUUGCAAUAGUUUUACGAAAGAUCGUGAAGAUAUCACUCAACUUCGUAAUUAUCUUCAUCAGAAUUUUAAUAAAGAUUCAAACGAAACAAUUGGAGCUAUGAACACCGCAAUGGCAGGUAAUCAGAGAGGAAAUUUCCAAGGACAAAAGUUUACCUCCAAUGGAAAUCAUUGUAUUUUGCCGGGCAUCUUCAACGAAGGGUCAGCCUCAGCGUCUCUAGUAAUCAUGUCUCAAAAGCAUCUAAACGAAAUAACAUCACCAUCGAGAGAUACGUCCGCCGCAGCAGCAGCAGCAGCUUCAGCAGCAGCCUCGUCAUCACUUCCCACAACACCAAUGGCUGUUAAAACUGCGGCCAUAUCAAGAAAUAAUUCAAUGGGCACAUCUUCUGUUUCGAUUUCAAAUAAUGUGCGUGGAACGCAAAAAAGAAAAAUUAAUCUUAACGCAAUGGUACCUGCUCCAAGUACAACACAACGGCGAAAAAACUGUACUUUCUUUCCAAUUUCGCCUAAUAUUAAUGUAUCAAAUAAUAAAUCAAAUAACACCACUCUAGUGUCGAGCUCCUCUGCUUUAACAGCAACGACCAAUUCAAAUUUAUUUGCUAGUCCAAGAUUAACCGCUCCUAUGGGGCGAACAAAGCCAGUGUUGCACAAACAGCACUCGCUGCCUAAUACCGUGGAUAAAAAUGCUAUUUUAUCAUCGACCAAUGAUCCAAUGAUUGGAUCCAUAAGAAACAAUCGAUCAUAUAGCACAAUGACGUCAGCAUCGGCGCCACCAAGUCCCUCGAUACUGCAAGAUACAAAUAUUCUGGGCAAAUCUUACACCGCAAAUAACGCUGGAAAUUCCCUGAGUGGGUAUAAUUUACUUUUAUCCAAUCAAGACUACCCACAAACUUUUGCAAAUUCGUGUGCUACAACGCACGAUCAAAACUCUCUCGAGUGCGUUCUAGACGAGCCUCCGACACAUUUGAUGGCCGAAUCGCGAUCAAGAAGUGUUCCACUUCAAUAUCGUAACAGUCCGGCCUUCAAUCAGACUGCUAACUACGCUGGAUUUUCGUCGACAUGUAGCUCAGCUGCACAAACUCCAGUUCCACCACAAUUCGCUGACUUUAAUGACCCUUCUUCAAUCUUGGACAUAUUCAGUGAUACCAGUCAAACGCAUGGUUCAUCGAUCAAACUAGAGGAAUCAAGUGGUAGUUUGCUUUGCAGUUCUAUCAACGACAUCCUUGCUCCAGACUUUGGGAGAAUCCCAAAUAGUUUUGGUGGGAUUGUUUCACGAUCAGUUCCAUCGACACCGGUGCCGCUUAACAAUGUUCUUGAUCCUUUUCUCAGCGGAAGGAAACAUCACCAGCAACCAGAUUCUUUUCCGAGUGCACAAAGUAAAUAUUCAACAAAAAUGUACGACAUAUCGAAGUCUAUGCCAACGACACCGAUAACAUCGAACACGGCCACACCAUCGUUUCGCUAUAGUCCCGAAUUCAAUCGAGAUUUCCUUAUAAACGGCAACACUGUAGAAAGCACAACAGCCUACAGUCGAGCUCCAUCAGUCGUUGCAGUGAAUGGUUUAUCCGAUUCACUACUUGACGAUGCUCGAGAAGGUGGUUCUAGUUCUCUUACCGAUGGCAUGGACGAUUUAACCAGUUUUGGUGAAGUUCCCGAAUCAAUCAUGGAAGCAGAUAUAUUGAAUAUGAAUAAUCUUUGAGUGAAGGGGUUGGAUUUGUGGAUUAAGUACAUUUCGUAAGUCUAGUUCAUAUCAAUUAGAUUCUUUUUUUUUUCUUUUGCAUUUGUUUUUAAUUUUUCUAUAAGGAGCUUCUUUACCGGGUCUUAUACAUAUAAAGCUCUUUUCACUAUUUUUUUUUAUAUUGUACAUAUACUAUUAAUUCACUUCUUCUAAAAGAAUUUUUUAAGGUUAAAGUUUUAUAAUUGAACGUGUUGCAGUUUAAAAAAGAAAAAAUAUUAUUUUAAAUUAUGUAUUUUGUUGUGUUACAAGUAAUCGUAGUUGUUAUUAUAAGUUCUUAUUAUAUUGUCUUUAAUGUACAAUUAUUUUAAUUUUGUAAUAAUUCAGUCCACGAAUCAAAAUAAUACAAGAUCCAAGUUUGUCUCUCGAGUGUUUCUGAAUAUGUUUAGAAUGGUUAGUGUUUUAGUAAAAACUUUUUUUUUAAAUUUGUUAUAAUAAUUACAAUAACCCUAAAGUAAACGAUAGUAGUAAAUGAAACAAAUACAAGAACAUUUACUUUAACUAUUUUGUACGUUCAUUAGCUUGAGCGCUUAAUCCGUUUACUGAAUAAAAUAAAAACAGCUUUUUGAAAAUAAACAGUGGUUCCAACGCAUAAUCGGACAAUAGUUUCAUACUAAUAGUUUUAUAUAAAAAAUUUUCAAAUGUUAACGGUUAAUUCAAAGACAAACAAAAAACAGUUUUUAAAGUUCAACAAAUAAUCGGACAAAGUAAUAAUCUUCUUCAAAACAGUAAAAAUCCAUCAUCUAGUAAUUGGUGGCAAAGCCUUUACUAUUCAGAACGGCUUGAAGUCAAUUUGGCAUGGAUUUAACCAAAUUUUGGCACACCUCAGGCUCAAUAGAGUUCCAAGCUUGAAUUAAAGCCUCCUUAAGCUGAUUUAGAGUGUUAAAUUUGUGUUUGUACACUCUCCUGGCCAAUUCCCCCCAAAGAUAUUCAAUCACAUUGAGGUCUAGGCUCUGUGCUGGUGUGUCAAUUAGUUUGGGGCAGUUAUGAAUAAACCACAUCUUUACGACACCGGAUGUGUGUUUUGAUAGAAUGCAAAUUUAUUUGCGAUUCCUAAUUUUUCCGCACUCUGCUUCAAAUUUUAUUUUAAAAUGUUGAGGUAGGCAAAUUUGUCCAUUUUACCAUCUAUGAAAUGCAAAUUAUCUACCCCAGCACUUGACAUGGAGCCCCAAACCAUGACAGAGCAACCUCCGUGUUUUAUUGUGGCUUUGGUGUUUUGUUGCUGGAACUCAGAUCCAUGCAAAUUAAAUUUGCUCUCAUCAGUGAACAACAACUUAAAUCAUCGAAAACUGAUUAAAAUAUAUUUUUUUAAGAAAUAUGAUCACAUUACCGUAUUCCAAAAAUCUUCUUGUUUCAACAAAUAUUCUUUCGCAUAGUUUAAUCUUUUAUUUUUGUUUUUUAGGCUAAUAAAUUGUUUUUAUGGCAGCUUUUAAAUAGUAUUCGUAUGUAUGGAGAGUGUUGCGGACAGUGUUGAGGCAAACAUCCUUUCCAACACGAUUUUUGAGAGAAAUUUGAAGAUCUUUUGCUGUUUUGAAUGGAUUUUUUUAAAUUUCUCUUAAUACAUACCGCUCUUCUCUUUCACUUAAAAGUUUGCCUUGACCUUCUCGGCUUUUGUUGGCCAAUCUAAAUUUAUCUCUAAACCUUUUGAUGAUAUCUUGGACUGUAGAUUUGCCUCGUCCAACCAACUCGGCAAUUUCUCUUACCGUUUUUCCUUCAAAAUUUAAUUUUAUAAUUAAUUGUCUUAGUUCGUCACUUGUUUGUUUUCCACUUGGAGCCAUUUUUGCACUACUUGGUGGUAGAUUUAUUGAAAGAUUGAUUAGGACAAAGAAAAUCUGCUUAGAGUAAAAACUUGAAAGUAACAUUAUUUUUCAUUUACUCUCUUUGCUUAGUCCGAUUAUUUGUUGAACUUUAAAAACUGUUUUUAUUUAGUUUUACUCUUUGAAUAAACCUAUAAAAUUUGAAAAUGUUUAGUUUUUUUGUUGUUUUUUCGAUAAGUAAGUGUACUACUUUAAUUAAGAGCAAAAUAAAUAUACAUAUAGCUGUUUUUUUUUCUAAGUUUAUAGCAUAUUUUUAUAAAUGAAACAACUGUCCGAUUAUGCGUUGGAGCAACUGUAUAUUGUAAAACGACAACAAAAGUGAAACAUUUUAUUAAAAUACAAAAUCAACUAUUGUCGGUUUCCUAAAUCACUUCAGAUUAUUAUCAUUUCCUUUAAUUUUGGAAUUUAUUUCACGACUUUAACAACACGUAUUUUGUAUGCCUUGGUACUUAAUAAUAAAUUCCGGAACUUGGUGUCUUAAAAAUUUUGGAAAAGGGCACAAUAUGAGAUGCACUAUCGUUUAUCAUGUUUUUAAAAUGUGAGAAAUCUCUCCUAUUUAAUUUUUUAACUAAUAUUAAAGUCAAAAAUAAGUAAUGGUCGAUUAUUCCAAUACUUCAGGCAAAACCUUAAAAUUUACGUACAAUUUUUAUUGUGUAAAUUAUUGCUUUAUAUAUGUAUAUAUAUUGACAAACAUAUUGAGUCGAAUUAACAGCAUCAUCCCGUUGAAAUGUGUUAAACUGUUUAAAUAGUUACACUGACAACAACUACAAUUUAUUUUUCCAGCAAGUUAUAAAGUAUUUUAAUUGCUUGUUAGCCACAUUGAGACAUUGGAAACCAAAAGGGAGAUUGCUAAACGAUGAAGUUUGAAAAAUGUUAAUUGAAACUUUAAUUAUUAAAAACCAAAGUAAAUAUAUGUGUGACGAAUGAGGUAUUGCAAUAUCUUGAUAGAGCUAUUGUAAGUGUUCCUCACAACUUAGAGUUAUUGUUGUUUUUAUCUGUUGCAAUAAAUUUGUACAUAUGACUUAAAAAACACUCAUAUUUCAAAAUUCAGAAACAUUCGAGAGCAAAACAUUCUUAAAACAUCAACACCAGUAAAUUAUCUAUCUAAAAUAGAGCAAUAUAUCUUAUUUACUGAAUAAAAAAAUAUAAAUAAAUUACUUUUACGCACAAGCAAAAAACAAAACAAACAAAUUCCAUUACAAAAUAAAAGCAAAUAAAUAGAAUUUACUUGGGACCUUAGAAUUUACUUCUAAAAAUACUUACUUUUGAAAAUACAAAAUGUUUUCUGCUAAUCGUUUUAAAAUGACAAUUGUAUAGAAAAAGCACGGCCUAAAACUAAAUACAUAUUGCUAAAGUCUCCAAUCAGAGACACGUGCCAAUAAUCCUAUGUUUUCUUUCCUAUAUAAAAAUUAUAAUUUUUUUGUUUAUUCUUUGUUAUUUGUAUUUAUGUAGUUAAAAAUGCAAAACGCUUUAAGUGUUUUGAAUGAAAAAUUAAAUAUAUUGUAAAUAUAUUUUUUAUUCACUAAUAAACUUUGUUAAACAAAAUCUUUAAAAAAA